UAGGAGCGGGCCGGGAGCUAAAAAUAGGAUCGGGCACAGGCUCUUGGUGCAGGUGAGGGCACGCCAGGAAGUCACCGGCUACAGCCAGAGGAAGGAGCCCGGGGACAGAGUCCAGCUCAGGUCCUGAACCAGCUGGUGGAGAGGGCAAGGGUCAAGGCCCAGGCUGCUGGGAUCCAGGGCCAGGAGAGCUGGUGUCCGGAGGAUUCCCCGCCUGUCCGCCAUGGCUUUCCUGGUGGCUGGGACCCUGCAGGCGGCUGCACAGGUGGCAGAUGCUCGAGACAGCCUGGGGAGAAAGGGGAAGUACAGCGUGCAGGGUCUGAGGGUGGCCCUGACACUCGGCAGCCCGGGGGUGCCUGCCGCAACGGUCGCUGCCCUGGAGGGCGUGUUCCAGGCCCUGGGCUUUGAGAGCUGGGAGAGGAGGGAGGCCUUGGUCCAGGACUUCCUCCGGGAGCUAGCUUUGUUCAGGAAGCAGCUGGAUGCCCUCCAGAGCCCCGUGGGCUGUGCCCUUGUGGCCCUGGUGGCCCCCCGCGGGCAGCUGAGGCAGCCCCGGCAGCUGGUUCAGGAGCUGAGCUGUUGUGAGGCCCUCCAGGGCUGCCCCAAAGUCGUCCUGCUGCUUUCAAGCGGCGCUGGGGCUGCCCUGGAGCCCGGAGCCUUCCUCGCCGGCCUCAGGGAGCUCUGUGGCCGCCGUCCUCACUGGUCGCUGCUGCAGCUGCUGACAGAGCUGUUCUGCAGGGUGGCUGAGGACUCCGCGGGGGACAUACGCUGCCCCGUCUUUCAGAGCUCUUUGCGGGGGGCACUGUGCCUGACAAGCGAGGAGCCCUGGAGGCCUGAGGCAGAACCCGGCCCCGGGGCUCAGUAUGACAUGUCGGGGGCCAGAGCUGCCCUCCUGCUGGCUGUGAUCCGAGACCGGCCUGGGGCCGAGCGUGACGUGGAGGCACUGGGGGGCCUGUGCCAGGCCCUGGGCUUCGAGACCACCCUGAGGACGGACCCUACAGCCCAGGCUUUCUGGGAAGAGCUGGCCCAGUUCCAGGAGCAGCUGGACACCUACAGGGGACCUGUGAGCUGUGCCCUGGUGGCCCUGAUGGCCCACGGGGGACCACAGGGGCAGCUGCUGGGGGCCGACGGGCAGGAGGUGCAGCCAGAGGCGCUGGUGCAGGAGCUGAGCCGCUGUGGGGCACUGAGUGGCUGUCCCAAGGUCUUCCUGCUUCAGGCUUGCCGUGGGGGGAACAGGGAUGCCGGCAAGGGCCCCAAGGCUCUGCCCUGGUACCGGCGCUGGUUGUGGGUACCACAACCUGCUCUCCCCUCCCACGCGGAUGUGCUGCAGGUCCACGCCGAUGCCCAAGGCAGCUCCUGCAGUGGCCCUGCUCCAGGGAGCUCCGGCCAGGCAGACGUGCUGACCGUCUACGCAGCAGCCGAGGGCUGUGUGGCCUAUCGGGAUGAGAUGGGCUCAGACUUCAUCCAGACGCUGGUGGACGUGCUCAGAGCGGACCCCGGGCGGGACCUCCUGGAGCUGCUCACUGAGGUGAACAGGCGCGUGUGUGAGCUGGACGUGCUGGGGCCGGACUGCGACGAGCCGCGCAAGGCCUGCCUGGAGAUCCGGAGCUCGCUGCGGCGGCGGCUCCGCCUGCGGGUCUGACGGCGGGGGCUCGCCCGGGCCAUCCCCGUUCCCCUCCUGUCAACCCGGCGUGACCGCGUGGGCCUGGCGCUCUGCUGGCCAGCAAUAAACAAACUCCUGCGGACGUC